AUGAGGAGACUGACCAAAAAGAAAGCCCUGACCCUCGUGAAGGAGCUGGACGCCUUCCCAAAGAUCCCCGACAGCUACGUGGAGUCCACAGCCAGCGGAGGCACCGUGUCUUUAAUAGCGUUCACGUUCAUGGCGAUGUUGGCGUUCCUGGAGUUCUUCGUGUACAGAGACACGUGGAUGAAGUACGACUAUGAGGUGGACAAAGAUUUUACCAGUAAAUUGAGGAUCAACGUUGACAUCACGGUGGCCAUGAAGUGUCAGUAUAUCGGUGCAGAUGUGCUGGACCUGGCGGAAACCAUGGUGGCCUCAGAUGGGUUAGAAUACGAGCCGGUCAAUUUUGAGCUGUCGCCUCAGCAAAGGAUAUGGCAGCUGACUCUGUGGCACAUCCAGGAGCGCCUCAGGGUCGAGCACUCUCUACAGGACGUGCUUUUCAAGUCUGCCAUAAAAAUCGCCCCGCCAUCGCCAAUCAAAAAUGAUGACGGCUCUGCUCCUCUGAACGCCUGCAGGAUCCACGGUCACCUCUACGUCAACAAAGUGGCCGGGAACUUUCACGUUACUGUUGGGAAGUCCAUCCCCCACCCCCGAGGACACGCCCACCUCGCAGCCCUGGUUAGUCACGACUCUUUCAAUUUCUCCCAUCGGAUCAACCACUUGUCUUUUGGAGAGAUGAUUCCUGGGAUUAUCAGUACUCUUGACGGCACUGAGAAAGUUUCCGUUGAAUCCAAUCACAUGUUCCAGUAUUUCAUCACCAUUGUGCCUACACAACUCAACACGUAUAAGAUCGCCGCAGACACCCAUCAGUACUCCGUCACAGAGCGGGAGCGGGUGAUUAACCACGCGGCGGGCAGUCACGGCGUCUCCGGGAUCUUCAUGAAGUACGACAUCAGCUCGCUCAUGAUCCGCGUGACCGAGCAGCACAUGCCGCUGUGGCAGUUCCUGGUGCGCCUCUGCGGCAUCGUGGGCGGCAUCUUCUCCACCACAGGUAUGCUGCACGGCAUGGUGGGCUUUUUGGUGGAUGUUAUCUGCUGUCGCUUCCAGAUGGGAGUCUACAGAAAUGUCAAAGAGACGUCUGUGGCUGAGCAGGAAAACACCGACACAUCACCUCUUUUGGAAAAUCACGACCCACAGUGA